AUGUGGGAGCUGCGCUCCGUCGCCUUCUCCCGAGCCGUCCUGGCAGAGUUCUUGGCCACUUUGGUCUUCAUCCUGCUGGGGCUGGGCUCUGCCCUCAGCUGGCCCUCGGCCGCGGCCCCCAGCCCCCUGCAGGUGGCUCUGGCCUUCGGCUUGGCCAUCGGCAGCCUGGUGCAAGCCCUGGGGCACGUCAGCGGCGCCCACCUCAACCCCGCGGUCACCUUGGCCUUCCUGCUGGGCUCGCAGCUCUCCCUGCUCAGGGCUGUCUGCUACGUGGCUGCCCAGCUGCUGGGGGGGGUGGUGGGGGCUGCCAUCCUGCACGAGCUCACCCCCCCGGACUGCCGCCAGGGGCUGGCCGCCAACAAGCUCUCCAAUGAGACCAGCCCAGGGCAGGCAGUGGCUGUGGAGCUCUUCCUCACCUUCCAGCUGGUCCUCUGCGUCUUUGCCUCCACGGAUGAGCGCCGGGAGGACAGCCUGGGCUCCCCUGCCCUCUCCAUUGGCCUCUCUGUGGCUGUGGGACACCUCCUGGGGAUCCGCUACACAGGCUGCUCCAUGAACCCAGCCAGGUCCUUUGCCCCUGCUGUCGUCGUGGGAGACUUCAGUGACCACUGGGUCUUCUGGGUGGGUCCCCUGGUCGGGGCGGCGGCAGCCUCCAUCCUCUACAACUACAUCCUCUGCCCCCAGGCCAAGAGCCUCUCGGAGAGGUUGGCCAUCCUCAAGGGCUUGGAGCCCGAGGAGGACUGGGCAGAGCGGGAGGCCAGGCGGCGCCAGUCGGUGGAGCUGCACUCGCCCCAGAGCCUGCCCCGGGGCAUGGCCGAGAAGGUGUAG